GGGGUGAGGCAGGAAGAAGGGGAGGGGCAGGUUGGUUUGUAUUUUGUUAUGCUAUAAUGUGAACUUAAUAUGCCACUCUCUGGGGUUUAGUGGCAUCCAAAAAUAUUGCUGGAAAAGAGCAAGUGGAACUGAAGCUUAUAAUAGUUGGAUGAAAGUAAUAUUAGUAACUAAGAAACCACAUGGAUUGAAAGAGAUUUGGUGUAUAUCUAAACCCUCUUGCCUCAACUAGGAGGAAAAGAAGUGAAAAAUCUCGGUGUAUUGUAGCAUCAGUAAUACAGUUGUAAGAUCCCAAAUUUUCUAUUGUAUAAUGGAUAAUAUAAAACAUGAAUUGAAUACAUGAGCAGUUCUCUAGCUGACUAUUUUGUAAAAUACCGUCUCAGCUCUAAAAUUUGGUCUCAUAGUUUCAUUUGGUGAAUAUUUCUAAGAAUCUACCAUUGGCAUAUGGAAGUGUUGGGGGUGGUAUAUGGAGAUUUGAACACUUCACCCCUUUAGGAAUGUAUGAGUUUAUCAGAGUCGAUAAGAAUUAUCUGGUACAUUUUUUGGACAAUAACUCUUAGUUCUCGGUUUGUAUUGAUUGCUGAUGAUAUGGUGAACGUAUGUUAAAAGAGAGGACUCAUUAGUACUGUCAAACCUGAUUGUGUUUGAGUAUAGACAUAGUGUACUACUCUUCAGUUCUUCUGUAACUUAAGUGGUAAAUCUGGGGACAACCCUUUGAGUUGCAAAAUUUGAUUUCUCAUUGGAGCUUGCAGGCAGACAGAAAGCAAGUACACAUAGAUGCUACAGCAUAUUUCGGCUCUGUCUUAUAAUCCAUGGUGGCUAUCUCAAAAAGGUGCUUGCCCUGGCAUGGUUGUGUAUAAGAAGCCUCUGCAAUGGGCUUGUCCGCUUCUUCUAAAGUUUGAUCAUAAAAUUAAUGUAACUGGUCCAAGAAGACAAGGAACCUUUCUUUGUACUGAUAGGAGGCAUCCCCAAGGUCGAAACUCUAAGAAACGUGAUGCUGCGCAGCAGAAUGUGGAUCUUCCCCCGGUCCUGCCCAAGCAAAAGAAGAAGCCGUACCCUAUACCUCUGAAGAAAAUUCAGCAGGCUGCGAAGGCUGAUAAGAAGUUGGCUGAGUUGGGAAUAGAAAAGAAGCUUGAACCCCCUAAGAAUGGAUUGCUUGUGCCUGGCCUAAUUCCUGCGGCUUACGAAUUGUUAGAUGAUUGGAAACUUUUGAUUAAAGGACUUGCACAGCUGCUCCACUUUAUUCCUGUCCAUGCUUGUAGUGAAUGCUCACAAAUCCAUGUUGCUCAAAAUGGUCAUGAGAUUCAGGAUUGCCUUGGCCCAACCAACAGUAGUCGCAGAAGCUUCCACUCCUGGGUGAAGGGUUCAAUUAAUGAUGUGCUAAUUCCUAUCGAGUCAUACCAUAUGUAUGAUCCUUUUGGCACGCGCAUAAAGCAUGAGACGCGAUUCAAUUACGACAGAAUUCCGGCAGUUGUAGAACUUUGCAUCCAAGCUGGCGUGGAUCUGCCAGGAUAUCCUUCACGGAGAAGGACUAAACCCAUCAGAAUGAUAGGAAAGAAAGUGAUUGACAUAGGUGGAUUAAUUGAGGAGCCUAGACCCUCCGUAGACACGAAUUCGGCUAUUAUGGACCUUGAUACCCAUCGGUCUUUUGAACGGUUUGCUCCACCAUUGGAGUCAGAGGUGCCACGUAUUGCCCAGGAGACAAUUGAUGCAUAUGAGAAAGUGAAACGGGGGGUGACAAUGUUGAUGAAGAAGUACACUGUCAAAGCUUGUGGUUACUGUUCGGAAGUCCAUGUGGGACCUUGGGGUCACAAUGCUAAGCUCUGCGGUGAAUUCAAACACCAAUGGCGGGAUGGGAAACAUGGCUGGCAAGAUGCAACAGUGGAUGAGGUAUUUCCCCCAAAUUAUGUGUGGCAUGUUCAAGAUCCAAAAGGAACCCCAUUGAGGAGUGCACUGAAAAGGUUCUAUGGGAAGGCUCCAGCUGUGGUUGAAGUCUGUAUGCAGGCUGGUGCUCAAAUACCUCAGAAGUAUAAGCCUAUGAUGAGGCUAGACAUUGUGCUCCCUGAAAGUGAAGAAAGUCGCCUAGUUGCGUGAGGUUCCUGAAGUAUAAGCCUAUGAUGAGGCUAGACAUUGUGCUCCCUGAAAGUGAAGAGAGUCGCCUGGUCGCGUCAGGUUCCUUUACUAACUGUUCUACGUAGAGACGUACAGAGUGUUUGUGUUAUAUAAAGAUGUAUAAAAGUCUGGAAAUGUAGCUUUCAUGAUAUUGUUCAUUGGGUGAGUAACUAUUGAGGCUGCAGUCUUUGUUUUGUCUCUGUACCCAUUUCAUAUUGGAAAAUCAAUGUCCACAUAAUAUAGUCCAAAAAGAUUCUAUUUUGGCAGGCA